AUACGCACAAUAACACAAUACUGCAGUAAAACCAAGCUCUCGAUCAAUCUGCAACAAUAGAAUCCGAUCGGAAGAGAAAGAACGCUUCGAUCUCUUCUGCAGAUCGAAGUCACGAGCGCCAUAACCACAACCUUAAGCACAGUAACAAGAAAAAGACCAAAAUGUCCUCAUCUUCUUCAUCUGAAAAAGUUAGGGCUUCCCAUAUACUCAUAAAGCAUCAGGGGUCCCGCCGUAAGGCCUCUUGGAAGGAUCCUGAAGGCCGUGUUAUCAGCGCCACAACUCGUGACGAUGCCGUUUCGCAGCUCAAGGACCUCCGCGUUGAUAUCGUCUCUGGAAAGGCCUCGUUCUCCGAUGUCGCUUCCCGUGACUCCGAUUGUAGCUCCGCCAAACGCGGCGGCGACCUCGGUUCAUUCGGCAAGGGUCAGAUGCAGAAGCCUUUUGAAGAAGCAACAUAUGCACUGAAGGUUGGCGAGAUAAGUGACAUUGUGGAUACUGAUAGUGGAGUUCACAUCAUCAUGAGAACUGGUUGAUUUACUGUACAGUAAAAAUUUGGCUUCCACAAGGAUUAAUUUGAGAUAUUGAGAAUCAUAUCAAAGAAUUGACCAUUUCUUUUGAAUUUAAUCAUACAUUCUCUGGUGUCUUUGAAUUGGGUGGUCAGUUUUCUGAUGAAAACACAUAAUUGCGAGAUUGAUUUAUUCUGGAAUUAUGUAGGGUUUGAUAUGCUAUCUAAUUUCAAGAUUUUGUUCAU